UUUCAGCAAGAAUAGUGCAGCGGUAAGCGCAAUCUUUUUUUUUUUUUUUUUUCGAACGCGUUAAGCGAAAUAUGCAGGACCCUAUAUAGUAGGGAAGGCUUUUCCCCCCAGGUGUGUUUACACAACCAUAGGGAUAUUUUGGGGAAGUAGGGUGAUCGACCGAUGGGCGUCCAGACCACUUGUUGAUCGCGGCCAUGGCUCCUCCGGUGUCCUGCUGUCUCAGCGAGGAGGCCAAGCUCCAGCGGCGGGUGAACGAGGAGAUCGAGCGGCAGCUGAGCCGCGAGCGCUUCGAAGCCGGCCGCGAAUCCAAAUUCCUGCUGCUGGGGCCCGAAGAGGCGGGGAAGACGACGUUUCUCAAGCAGAUCCGCCUCAUCCAGGAGGGCGAUGCGCGGGAGGACCGCGCCGAGCACGUGCGUAGUGUCUACCAGGCUCUGCUGGGCGCCAUGCAGCGUAUCGUGCGCGCCAUGGACGCGCUGGGCAUUGCGUACAGUGACCCGUCGAACGCCGAGAGCGCCAUGAUGCUGGCCAGCGUGCGCUGCGAUACGCUCGAGCCACCGCUCACGGAGCCCGUGUCGGAGGCGCUGCGGCGCCUCUGGGAAGACGCCGGCGUGCGCGAGUGCUACGCGCGUCGUGCCGAGUACGGCGGCCUACCUCCGUUCCUGCCGGACGUGCAGCGCGUCACGCGACCCGGUUACGUGCCGUCGCGCGAGGACUACCUGCGCGUGCGCACACCGUCGCGCGGGGUGCUCGAGUACGCGUUCCAGCUGGACGACCACCCCGUGCGGCUCGUGGACGUGGGGGAACAGCGCUCGGAGCCCAAGAAGUGGAUCCACUGCUUCGAGGAUGUGAGUGCCGUGAUAUUCGUGGCCCCGCUAUCCGACUACGACGACCCGGACAAGAUGAACCGCGCGCGCGCUCUCUUCAGCACGAUCGCGUCCAGCCCGUGGUUCGCCGAGUCGCACCUGCUGCUGCUGCUGAACAAGAAGGACUUGCUGGAGCAGAAGAUCAGGCGCUCGCCGCUGGGCGCCUACUUCUCGGCGUACCGGGGCCCGCCGGGCGACGCCAAGGCGGCGCGCGAGUUCCUGCGCCGCUUGUUCGCUGAGCUCAAGCCCGAGCGGCCCGUCUACUACUUCUUCACAUGCGCCAUCGACACAGACGACGUUAAGUACGUGUUGCCCACGCUGCGCGAGAUCGCCUGCCUGCGCUCGUGCCCCACAAGGGGCCGGCAGCCGUCGGACGCGUCCACAGCCAGCAACGCGGCGGCAACCGCGGCCUUCCAGUUGCCCGCCUGACAAGAGCCCUUCCUGGAGCCGGCCUGAUUCGGCGCACCAGUUGGGAGGGUCGGCCGUUCAGGAAUGCGCGCUUGUUGACUGUGAUCCGGCGCUCAUAUCGAGGGCGUUCUUCCUGUAAGUGCACUGUGCUUAGAAAAAUGAACACAACCUUGUGAUUUCUGUUUUCCUGUUUCAAUGUAGUUACAAUCAACAAAGUGCACUAAACAAUUGCUGCGUGCUCAUCUUCACACCAUGUUUUUCAACAUGUAAACGAUUAGGUCGUGGCGCUUUUUUGAGGGAAGCUGAGAAUGCCGGCUGUGAAAUGUUUCUCAUCUCUCAGUUUCAUCGGCGGCGUUGAUCCGUAAAGAUUGCCUGUCAUCUGC